AUGGGGUCCCAUGCCGGGGGCCAGAAAUCCGUUCUGGGCGCGGAAGCUUUUCCCGAGCUACUUAACAAGGUGCCCCUGAACGCUCAGAUGGACGAGGACAACCAGUUCAGCAAAUAUAAGUGGGGAAACUUGCCGAUUCCGCUUAACCGGCGCACCGGAAGCCGCAUGUACAACUCUGUCUACGACAAUCGUAACCACGAGGCCAUUCGCUAUCCCUGGGCGACCGAUGCCCGCACGUUUCAUCGCAAUGAACACCCCGAAGCUGACCGAAUCAAUGCGCAGUACUCAAAUAUGGUUAGCGACCAAUUUCCAGAGGGCGGUUACAGCGACUCCCCUCGUUUUUCUUCCAACUGGGAGAGGCUCCUUGCGUACCACCAUGGCCUCUACUCCCCGGAGCUGUUCAAGUCAACUACCAAGACGGCAGAUGAGAUUCGCCUGGCUGUCAACGACUUCGCCGCGAAAGUGGAGGCGGACGACCCGAAAAAUGCGUGCAAGUAUCUCAUGAUUGAAGAAUUUAAGUGCUUGCAGUCUGCACAGGCCCACAUCGACCCUCAAGGCGCUGCGACGAAAUGCGUGAAGUGGUUCAAUGAGUGGCGGCAGUGCGCAUGGGACCAGGAGAAGAUGGUCAAGGGCUACAACUACAUCGAGGACAGGCGGGCACGCAAGCACAAGCCGUAUAUCGGUGCGCCCGACUGGCAGUUCUCGUAA